GAGGUACAAGUGCAUUAACACAAUCACUGAGGGAAACAGUGAGCAGUACCUAAAGUGACACGACUGUGCAUGCACAAGUAAUUUCCUCACAAGACCACCAAAAGUAAAUAAUGGCCAUGAACAAUGACGAUUAUGACUAUAUCCAUGAUAAGGCUGAAAGCGAGGCUGAGACUCACAUUGACAAAACAGCACUUCACUAUGCUGCUGCAUUCACCACUCUCACCUUCUGCAUCAGCCUGUCUGGAAACAGCUUCCUGCUGUGGGUUCUCCGGAUGGAACGACCUUGGAAGACCACAUCGGAUCUCUUACUUCUGCAACUCACAAUUUCUAACCUUUGCUUCACGCUGACCUUGCCCUUUGCGGCCUGCAAUGAACUGCAUGAAUGGAUCUUUGGAGAGUGGACCUGUGGAGUAGGGAUAGGGAUUUAUUAUCUGGGACUGUUCACCUCUGUGGUGAUCCUCACUGCCAUGCCUCUGUAUUAUUAUGUUACUGUGAUUCAGGCUUCAUGUUUGUCUGUAUGGGUCUCAAGACAAUAUAGUGUCCGCGUAGCUAGCGUUGUGAUGUGGCUGGUAUGUGCUGCUGCAAGCAUAAAGCUGUCUGUAAGUAGCAAAGUUGUUGAAUUUGGCAGCAGUAAAGUAUGUGUAACUUUGGUGGAGUCCAAAACUAUGGAACUCUUUGACAUGUACAUGGAGAUUUGCCUUUUCUUUCUCAUUCCUUUCCUUAUCAUUACAUUCUGCUAUGUCCACAUAUGGAUAAUGGUGAAACAGGGCAGGAUAAACAGCCAUCAGCAGCCUUCAAAACUGAUUUUAUGGAUAACUGUUGGCACUUUUCUUUGCUUGGCUCCUUACAAUGUCCACAUCUUUAUACAAUCCUUGCUAAUAUUGGAUGUUCGUAUGCACACACAUGAGGUGAUAUAUGCAUUGCACUAUACAUGGUUCAUUAUCAAUCCCAUGACUCACACCUUCUGCUGCCUCAGCCCUCUGGUCCAUAUAAUUGGAGCACAAAGGUUUAGGAGGCAUCUCCCCAUGCCGUGCAAUAAAUUAUCACUAUGCAGAGAUGAGAGUGAUAAUGACGGUUCAAUGGCAUUCAUACCUCUCCAAAAUGCUGAAGAAAUGUGAAGUUACAAUGCCCUGCCAUGAGCAUCCCUUAGAGUUAGAUGACAAGAUGCGUUAGGAUUUGAUCAGAUAAAUUAGCUGAAAUUAACAGCAUUGAAAAGUGAGUGGUAGCUUUUAAUCAUAGAGAUUGGCUUUUGUUAAUGCUAGUGGGAUGCACUGUGAAAUGAGAUUAAUGGCUUAUCGAGUUGAGUUUUCCGCAUUACAAAAUUGUUUCUUUUACCGGUUUAAAUCACCAUAGUAACUUGAACACGUAACCUGGUUGGCAGCAGGUCUUAUUCCGAGUUUUGGUUUUAAAUUGUCUGGAAGCGUAGCAGUUUCACAGAUUCUUUUACUUACAGUAUGUUUUAAGUGCAUUAUACAUUCUCUGUUGGGUGAAUACAUUUUAUAUGUGCAAAUUGUUAAGCUGUAUUUUCCUAAUA